UAGAUUGUGACUUGGAACUUGGAGUUGAUGUAGACGUGGAUUUUUAUAGGCUAUUUUAUUGUCGAUGUAAUAAUACUUGAAGGUUUUAUUUUGAUUGGGUUUUGCCAAAUAUUGUAUCAUAUAAAGAUUAUAAAAGUUAAAAUGUCACAUAGUACUGGGAAUGUAACUAAUAAAAGUGCAAUAAACUUUGAGCUAGAGAAAAAGAAAGAAUUAGAAAGAAGAAAAAUAUUUACGUCUUUUACAGGUUCGUCAACAAUCCAAAGAUUUUGCUAGUAAACUAAGAGAAAAUAUUAAAGAAGAAACAAUCAACCAGAAAAACAAGAUUUGUGAGAUGAAGAGGAAACAAAUACAAGAAAAACGAUUAGAAGAACUUAACCGUCUCAGAGAUAUCUAUGAAAUUUGUCUCAAGUCUGUCGGAGAGGGCCACAGAGAAGCAUCUAAGCAACCAAAUAUCACUUCUAAAGCCGUGGAAAAUGAAACACAAAGAGCUAUCAAAGCAGCUUCAAGAGGGGCUGAAGCAAGAAAACAGCAACUUAAAAAUGAAGCUUUACAUCAGCAGCAAAUUGAAGCACCUAUCAAACAGAAAAGAAAGACGAGAAAUAAAGAAAAUUUAAGGUCAUUUUAUGUAUCAUCUCUGCCAAAGCAUUCACAACUACCUGUAGAUUCAUUAAAACCACAGAAAUCCAGUAAUGAAGUCAGUCCACCAGCUGUCGUACCGCAGGUUUUGCAAGAAGUUCCUAGCAAUUUAGUGGUCUCUCAAGCCUCUUCAACAGGAUCUUUGAUUUCUGAUGAAAAACCUGAAAACGAAAAAUCUGCUAAAAGAAAUUUAAAUGUUAAAUGUCAAAAUCAAAAGAAAGCAAACACAGAACAAGUGAUAACGGACCUCAAUCAGGAGGAGGAUAAUUGUAGUUCAUCACCAAAGGAAUGUUGUUGUGACUAUGUUGUCUGCAGUUGUCAUAAUAGUCCUCCAGUCUCUUUCAGAAGACGUUGUCAGUCAGAAACAAGAUUGAGCAGUGAGGUCAGUCUUGAAUUGGGAAUACAUCAUCCACGCAAAACUAAGACAAGAAGUCGUUCUUGCUCUCCAAGAAGUGUUAGAGCUCUUAAUUAUCUUGAUGCUGGUAACCUCUUUGAGAGUAAUCAACGCAAUUUUGUGACUGUAACUCAUCAUUCCUCUCCUCCGAAGUCAAAGGAAGAUUUAGCAACAUUUAUUGAUUUAAAGAAGAAAGGCUGCAGUACAAAGAGUAAUUACACUAAGGAAAUAAAAGAAAAAAUUGAGGAAAGAGGUAAAAAAGCCUUAAAGAGAGAACAUCUCAAAAAAGACUUUCAACAGCUACUCCAUGACUUGAAGAAUCUUACUCGCAGAAAGCAGAUUCUGAAGAGUAGAAUAAAAACAAAACCUAGAAUCUAUCAAAGAGAAAGAGAUGUUUUGGCUAGAAAUGAAAAUAAACAGAAAAAAUUAGCUGGUGCAUUUGAAACCCUGCUUCAUACAGAAAAAUCCAAGCAGUCCAAAAUAUCAGGUUCUCCGCAUGAAACAACAUCAAAAACUACUAAUGAUUCCCCACCACCGACUCUAAAUCUUGCGCUGUGUCAACACGUCGACAUGCCACAGCUACCAGUAAUACCAGAAGAUAGUUGUGUUGAGACAGAGAGACAACCUCACAGGACUUCACCCAAGUCAGGAUCUCGAGGAACCAGUUCCAGAUCCCCGUCUCCUACACACUCAGCAGAUCACAGCUACCACGUAAAUUCUCUGGUUUCUGUUCGUACUGAACCUUCUGGAAACAUACAUGUUAUUGUAAAACCACCAAAUAAAGGGGCAAAACACAAGAAAAAAUGUAAAAAGUUUGAGACACCUCCAACAGACUCCAGUACAUCAAGUUACUGUGAUCCACCAGAUCAGUUGACAGCUUCUGAGUUAGAGCUUAUAGAAAAUUUGAAGAAAAUGUUCAAAAAAACUGAUUUGAAAAAGGACUUGAGAAAAUAUAUUGAAAAAUUGUUAACUAUGCGGCGGGAGAGUAUAGAUUGUUUGGAUAUACAAGGAAGCUCCAAAAACCAACCACUAAAUACUAAACAAAAGAUAGAAAAUAGCUUAGUCGAAGUUAGUGACCUAUCUGACCAUCUUGCCGACAAACUAGAUGAAUUAGCAGAGAUUUACAAGCAAUGCAAACGUCAAACUCAACGUCCUCCCCCAACUGGUGAUCAGCAUAGGCAAUUACCAUUACCUGAAUGUCCUCGUUCCUCAUGUAAACCCUCACGAUGUUCUAGAAUCUGUCCUAGCGAGAGAACCUACUCCCCUACACCCAUCCCUAAACCCAAUACUCUGACAAAAAGAAGAGUCUUGCCAUGCCCAAAAGCAAACUCGUCAAGCCGUCCUCGUGAGAAUUUUGAAACUCAAUCUCAACCUGAAAAUCCUGGAGGUUUCCAAACACCAUUUGGACUUUCAUCAAAUCUGCUACCCCUUCCAAGUGAACAACAGACUCCUGCUUUUACUUGUCCUCGAGGAUCAAAUUUACACAGAUAGACGUGUGCUGGGUUCAUGGAUGGACUGGACAAAUAGAAAGAGACUGUCAUUCAAUGUUGUAAACCUGAUUGGUGUGUAAGAGAGGGAUUAAUGUUUGGCCAUGUGCUGGAUAUAGAAAAAUACAACGGAUAUGAUCAUACCUUUAAACACAGGAUCAGUGAUGUUGCCAUUACUGUAUGAUCAUAUUUCAUGAAAGUGAUUCACUAUCCUGCCAUCUCUCAGCUCUCUUGUUGGGGAUUUUUACUGGCAUUAAACAUGUCUCUCUUGUGACUAUCAUGAUAUCAUCUCAUGUAUUUUGUAAUACUUAGAAUACAGUUGGGUGAAUAGGCCAAAAAUUAUAUAUAUAACUUCCAUUAUAGCUUUAUUAAAAUGUUUUAAAUUUACAUUACAUCAUUAUGUACUUGACAUGAAAUCUGAGUCAUAAUUUUAGAUGAAUCAAAGUUUAGAAAGAAUCAAGCAUUUAUUGUCAUUUGAUAAAAAAUGUUAUUGGUUAAAGUUAAAUGUCUGUUACGGAUGUUUUAAAUUUACGCUCCUGUAAAGUUUGUUGUAAAAUUGUGUAAACAGUUGUGAUUAUUGUAGAAUCUCAAGAAUUUUGAAAGUAGUAGGUAAGCUCCACUUGGAUUGUGCAUUUUUCUUAAGUGAAAAUUUCAUAAAUUUACAUACUUUAUUUUAUUUUAUUAUCAAAUUGGUGAUAGUGUAACAUUGUUUCCAAGAUCAAUCAGUAUUAGAGCGUAACGUGUAGACUUAUUAUAUACAUUUAUAUUACAUUAAUUAACUAUUAUGUAAUUAUUUGUGUUAGUAAGUUAUUUAAAUGUAAAGCAAAAUGAAACCAUAUUGUUUUAGGUUAUUAUUGUUUUAUUGCUACUAUUCUAGUUCCUUUCUGUCAUGUUUUAUAGAACUGCUGUGAUUUGAUUGGGCUUCUGCCGGUUUUGUUGCCUGAAAAUAAAUAAAUGAAAAUAAGUAAUGACAAUUGAUAUUUAGUUUUGUGAGCACUUAUAAAGAUUACUUUUUUCAUUUGAAUUUUAUACUAAAUGUUUGAACAGUUGUAAAUCUAGAUAGAAUAUAUUUUCUUAGAUGUUUAACUAUUCGAGGGUGACAGGGUGGGCUUGAAUUUUUCAAUUUAAGAAGAAAAUUUAACUUUUGUACUUUUUUAACAAUUAGGGCCUACUAAACCAGAUAAAACCAUAUUUGUUUUUUUCCUCAGUUUAAAAGUAUUUGACCUUACAAACAUGUUUAAAAAACCUAAGUCGUUUGGCUUGUAAUUAUGUAACUUUUUAAAGGUUCUAUACCAAUUUUGUAACCUUUAGAAAUUGAUAUAGAACAUUUUGGUUUGGACUAUAAGUAAAAUGUUGUAAAACAUUUUGCCUUAUUAUAUGUUAUAUUGUUGAUUAUAAAUAUUUGAAUAAUUUAAAUUAGUAUUAUUUUCAGUCUGUAUUCUAUGAUCUGUUAGUUAAACAUUUUAUACUUUUAGGAUGAAAUGCUAUGUACUAAAACUAAAAAAAUCUGCUUGUACUAAUUAACAUUUUGCAGGGAUAUUUAUUUUUUAAGAACAUAACAGAAAAGCAAAAUAUUGGGAUUCAACGAUAGACUUAAAUCUUGUGUAAUCACAAUCUAAUUUUAUUCAAUUUUGUAGUUAUGUGUAAACUAACAUUAUGUAUGUAUUAGUUAUAAGUUGUUAAAGAACUGGCUUUUGUAAGCUAGAAGGAAUAUAUGUAGAUGUAAAAAUAAUGUAAUAUAACAACAUUUUUAUUUAUUAGGAUGUAUAAUAUGUCUAGUUUUUUAAUGAAAAGAUUGAUUAAAUCAAGUAAAUUAAA